CUUAAGCGCUGCGUUCAAGUGAUGGGGCAAGAUACCCGCGCCAAAAUCCGUUUUGACGAGAGUAGGCUCAUCCUCCAGCCCCGGCGGUGGAGCGGCGCCUCUCCCUCAGCAUUUACCUGGGUCAAGCUGCUGCAGCAGGACGAUGAGGGAAACGGAAAGAAGCAGAGCUCUCUGAUAGCAGCUCGGCGACGGCGUGGCUUGGAAGCGAUUGGUGCGCGCUGGCGCGGAAGCCCUCACACCCCGGGUUCGGACCGGAUGGCGGGGUGCUGACUGAGAGGGAAAGGCGAGCUAUGGGGCGCGUCUUGGUUUUGCAAGGCUUUCCCCGGGACUAGUUGUGCCAAGAGGGAGGUGGAGGGGGGAACACAAGCGGCAAUUCAAGACCACCGGCGGCGGGAACACCUCGGCGCGUGGAGGUAACCAGUCCGGGAGAAGACCUUGCAUGUAGACGGGAGUUUCCCUGCCGCCGAGAGUAAUUUUGCAUGCACCAAGGCGUGCAGGGUUUUCCCCUCCCCAGCCAGCCCCUCUCUUCCUUGCCCUCCGUAUUUGCCUGCAAGUUGAGAAGCUUGCAAUUUGGAUUUGAUGGAGCUGGGAUUCCUGAUACUUGUUGGACUUACAAUUAUCUCGAGUACAGGCUUCUCACUGCCCGUCUCUCACUCCCUGCUGCUCCCCAGUGGCGGCGGCAGCAGCAGCAGCAGGCUGAGGUUACCAGGGCUCUGGGAGAGGGUCAGCACAGAAAACAAGGCAACAGGAGAAGGGCUAGUCUCAGCCAGCAACACCACCGUGGAGAAAGUGGCUGGCCCAGAGGAAGUACACCACAGAGCCAAGCGCUGCACUUGCUACACCUACAAGGAUAAGGAAUGUGUUUAUUACUGCCACUUGGACAUCAUCUGGAUCAACACCCCAGAGAGGACUGUUCCAUAUGGGCUGGCUAAUUAUAGGGGAAGUUUCAGAGGCAAAAGGUCUGCAGAGCAACAUCACAAGAGCUUGCAUUCAUCAAAUUGGCCUCCAUUGCGCUGCUCUUGCGCAGACAGAUGUGACAAGCAGUGUAUGCGUUUUUGCAAAAGGACCCAGAGUAGCCAAUGGUAUGAAGUCGAGAAGCUACUCCAUAACAUAUGAAACUUGCUGAAGAUGAACAAAUGUGCCGGAUUCUCACAUGGAUUAUCUAGCAAGUGCUAUCUUUUCCUGAACUGAUGCCAUAUUGGAAGUGGAGAAAGUUCCUGCCUGGAGAAUGUUGUACUGUUCUGCAGCGUUCUGGUUAGAAUUUUGCAUGAGUCUUGUACAUCAUACAGAACAUGAUAAUGACUGUCAUCCAUUUUGGAAACAACAUUUCCCCUAUUUUAAGGUCCAAAGAACCACUAAUUCAGGGGAUGGAAAACUCUCGUACUCUGUCAGCAAGUGAGACAGGAAAAAAUACUGCUUCACCUGCUUGCUUUUCAUAUGUGUGUGAAUGUCCCAUUUUCCACAUGCAGUUCUCAUGGGAGAAAUUGGUACAUUAGAAAAAUACCUGUAUUUGAUACUGUUGUCACUUUUAUAUUUUUUUAAAAAGCUGUUUCUCCCUAAAGUUGUUGAAAUCUGACUUCAUAUUGUAAUUUCAAUGGCAAUUUGUUUUUUAAAAAAUGACAGUAUCUAUGCAGAUUAAAUAUGAAUGGCUCAUAUUGAUAACAUUAUAACAUAUAGCAAGCUAACAGUAUACUGUGAGUAUUUCAUAGGUUAUUGGAUUUAGGCACCAAUUAUUCCUGCACUGAAGUGGAAUUUUAAAACUGAUCCACAGGAUAGAUGUUGGGGAAUAUGUAGUGUUGGUGAAUGGAACACUUGUUUAUCUGUCAAACUCUACCCACACUGAAAACCUCUCUAAGAAGAAAAUUUGAAACAUUAAAAAUGAAUUUGCUAAGGACAUUCAAAGCCAUUUGUUAGCCCUCAAUUUGAAUUGCUAGAAGGGCUGGUUGGGAAAAUACAUUGAUCAGAACACUUAACAACAAUUAAGAAAGCUCACUCUUGAGGAAUAGGCAAAGCAGAAGGACUGGAUAUAUUUCUACACAACCAGUGGAAGUGGCCUGGAUGGACCUUGUGAAUGAGUUGGGUGCAUGUAGAAAAUGUCAGAAGAACAUUCAUCCACUGUUUGCUAAUAAAAGAAAAAGAGGAGAAAGACAUUCAUUAUUGAUCGUUGGAAAUCUUUCAAAGGAUACUUUAGUAAAAACUGGGAUUUCUCUUUAGGAAAGCUAAUAUUUUACUAGAAUACAGAUUUGGAGACCACAGUUAAGACUAUAGGCUGAACAGAUGAACUCUCGUGCUUACUGCAAAAAGCACACAAACCCCCAAACCGGCCAUAUAGAAUAUGUGAAAGAAGUAAUGAACAUUGUUUUAAACAACAAAGGAAC